AUGGCCGAGGCAGCGGCGGGGCGCUCGGAACCCGCUGGGGCUGCAGAAGAGUCCGCGGGGCAGGAGGAACCCGCUGGGGCUGCGGGAGGCUCCGGGGGCGGACGCUCCGGCCUCCCCGACUCUCCCCGGCUCGGGGCCCCGGCGGCGGGAGGCGGCGCCUCUCGGGGGGCGGGGGCCGGGCCGGCCGGCGCUGCCUUCCGGGGCUCGGCGGGGCCGAAGCAGCCGGAGCAGCCGGAGCCGGCGGGCAGGAUGCGCCCCGCCGCCGCCGCCGCCCCGCUGCCGCUGCUGGCGGCUUCGCUGCUGCUGCCGCUGCUCCUCCCGGCCGCGCCCGCCGCCCGCGGCAGCUUGGAGCCCCCGGCCGGGAACGGCAGCCGCCCGCCCGCCGCGCCGGCCCCGGGCAACCACAGCGGGGCCCGGCUCAGCCCCGUGCCCGCGAUGCUGCGGGACCUCUCCGCGCUCAAAGCCGCCGUCAUCGGGGCCUGCGCGCUCACGGCCGCGCUCAUCGCCUGCCUCCUGCUCCGCGUCUUCAGGUCUGGCAAGAGGAUUAAGAAGACCAGGAAGUAUGACAUAAUCACCACUCCAGCCGAGAGGGUAGAAAUGGCUCCUCUGAAUGAAGAAGAUGACGAGGACGAAGACUCAACAGUGUUUGAUGUGAAAUACAGGUAAAGCAGCUCCGUGGAGUGUCAGUGCCCUGCGAGGUGUCAUUCUGCUGUCGAGGGACCUGCUGAACCAACCCAUAACUGUGAAAGGGGAGGCUUUCAUCUCUGCAGCGUCACAACCAAACCAAGCCUCACCUCCUCGAGGUGCUGUUUGUGCAGCAGGCUGUGGAUCUUCUGACUAAAACAUCACCAUUUGGUUCCCUGGUUUCCCAACUGCUGCAUUGGAAUGACCAGAGUUCCUCUCUGCAAACUCAGCUCUCUUGCUUCAGGAGGGCUGGGGUGUCACCACAUCAUGACAAGAUGCAGCCCCAUGUACCAACGUGCAGCUUAUUGUGGUCUAAAUAAGUUUUGCAGAAGGAGGAAGACAAGGAAGAUUGAACUGAGCUGCCUCAAGGACUUAUUUUUCUAAAAUCCUAAUUCAAUACUUCUGUCUCUGUUAAACUUUGGCCAUUGUUAAACAGAUCACAUGUUUAAAAAAAAAAAUCAAGAAGUAUUUUUGGGCCUUAGAGAUGUGACGUAGGACUUUAGGUGGUAAAAAUGUAAGCCAUGCUGAAAUGCCACACUAUGUUUCGUGUAGUUUUGAAGGCUGGGGGUGAGAGGUUGACUCAUGUAGAAAAUUUUCUAGACUUGCUACUGAUUUUUUUUAUUUUUUUUUUUUUAACAACAAUUG